GCAGUACGGAGCAUGAUAAGGAGGUGGACCAAGUUCAGAGGAAACUGCCAAACGGCAUAUGGUUAAGCUUUGAUUUUGAAGAUUCACAUCCGGAUUUACCAGCGUUAUACCUUCGAGGUGGAUCAAUUAUUCCUGUAGGUCUUCCAUAUCAGCAUGUUGGUGAAGCUAACCCUACAGAUGAUUUAUUUCUUCUUGUGGCUCUUGAUGAACAAGGUAGAGCAGAAGGUUUUCACUAUGAAGAUGAUGGUGACGGAUAUGACUAUACCAAUGGCGGAUACCUUUUGACAACCUAUAUUGCUGAACUUCUGUCUUCAGUUGUUACCUUGAGGGUAGCCAACACUCAAGGAUCAUGGAUAAGGCCAAAGCGCCGUUUACAUGUAAAGCUAUUACUUGGUGAAGGGGCUAUGCUUGAUGCAUGGGGUACUGAUGGAGAGACGAUAAAAAUAUCAAUGCCACCGGAGAAUGCUGUGUCUGGUUUGAUAUCAGCAAGUCAAAAGAACUACCAGCUUAGAAUGGAAAAAGCAAAACGUAUCCCAGAUGUAAAUAGUGUCUGUAAGGAAAGGGGCGUUGAACUUGCAAGAGUACCGGCUGUGUUGAAAGGUGGGGAGUGGGAGCUGAAAUUGGUUCCGUGGAUUGGUGGUAGAAUAGUAUACAUGGAGCAUCUUCCUUCCGGAAAUCAAUGGCUUCACAGCCGAGUAGAUAUAAACGGGUACGAAGAAUAUAGUAGCCUUGAGUACAGGUCUGCUGGGUGCACAGAAGAGUAUUCUGUCAUUGAAAGUGAUGUAGAGCAGGCAGGAGAAGUCGAAUCUCUUGCCUUACGAGGAGAUAUUGGUGGGGGGUUAGUCAUGGAGCGAUGCAUAUCUUUGCCAAAGAACGACCCUAAGGUUUUCCGGAUCGACUCUAGCAUUGUUUCCAGUAAUGUGGGAGCUGGUUCUGGAGGAUUUUCUAGGCUCGUCUGCUUGCGUAUACAUCCAAUGUUUACACUGCUUCACCCAACCGAAACAUAUGUGUCCUUUACAUGUGUUAAUGGGUCGAAGCAUGAAAUCUGGCCACAAUCUGGUGAGCAGCAAAUCUUUGAAGGGGAUCUUCUCCCAAAUGGAGAAUGGAUGCUUGUGGACAAAUGCCUUGGCUUAUCUUUGGUGAACCGAUUCAAUGUUGGUCAAGUUAAGAAAUGUAUGGUGCAUUGGGGUUGGGGGACAGUUAAUUUAGAGCUCUGGUCAGAAGAAAGGCCUGUUUCUAAGGAAUCGCCUCUUAAGCUUUCGCAUGAGUACGAGGUGACAAAGCUACCUUAAUUUUUAUGUCCAAAAUAUUGUAGUGAUGAGAUUCAUGGCAUUGUGUUGUGUGUUGGAAGAGAUUUCCUAAACCUGUAAGAUUGUUUAAUAAUAGCAAUCACUGGAAUGAUGAACAUGUGUAUUACUGUAUUUUUACUCCUAUUUAAGUGCAUGAGUUCAUGGCUGCUGGAAAUGAAGGGGGUGGGAUGGU